AUGGGGGGCGCUAUUUAUCUAUCGGUGGCAGUGGACACGUCCAGAUUUGCUUUCUACAACUGGCAAAGUCGUCAGAAGAGUUAUGCUGAUGUGAGGAGGCGGGAUCUGGAAUUUGCUGUGGGUGACCAAGUCCUUCUCAGGGUAUCACCCACUAAGGGAGUUGUUCGGUUCGGUGUCUCUGGGAAGCUCAGCCCAAGAUACAUUGGACCGUUCACUAUCUUGGCCCGAGUGGGCAGCCUGGCUUAUCGCUUGCUGCUGCCGGAUUCCAUGGCAGGGGUACACCCGGUUUUUCAUGUCUCUAUGUUGAGGAAGUUCUUGCGGGAUCCGGACCAUCAGAUUGAGAUGGAACCAAUUGCGGUGCAGCAGGAUCUGACUCUGGAGUGCCGUCCGGUGCGUAUAUUGGAAUUCUCGGAGCGUGUGUUGAGGAAGAGAUCAAUUAAGUAUGUCAAGGUCUUAUGGUCUAAUCAGUCAGAGCGCGAGGCUACGUGGGAACUUGAGGAGUUGAUGCGGCAGAAGUACCCGGAA